ACUAGACAUGCAUUGCCAUUACUACAACACGUUUUCACAUACUAACUUCGAUUCCAAACUACCACGAAUGCAAUUUACCAUUGCUUCUUAUUUACAAUUUUCUUGAGACUCCUUCAUUUUGAAUCCAUGUCUUCUCCUUCCUCGCAUUUAUCAAAACACAUUAAAAGCCUGUUUUUAGAAUUGCCGACAAGGAAAAAAAAACUAUUCUACACUAAGCCACAAAAAUAACUUAAAACCAAAAUAAAAACAAAAGGAAAGUGAUGCUUAGAUUGCGAUGUGGUAGGGACUCGGUGAGGGUUUUGGAAGAGCAUGACAAAAGAUCCGUGCCAUUGAUCUCUAUUAACACACCAAAAGCUUCUUCUUCUUCUUCCUCUCGUCUCUAAAAAUCCUUCCUUUCUUUCUGGGUUUUCUCGAAUCUUCAUCUCUCAUUCAAACCCACAAGUCCGAUCUCGCGAUCCAAACACCAUGGAAGAGGUUGAAGAAGAAGUGAGACGAAUCGUCGAACAAGUUAAAGAGCUUCAUGACUCUUCCACAUCCUUCGUCUCUUCUUCUUCUCAAGAAGAGCUUUCUCUCCGUAACAGAGCCUCCGUCGUUGACUCAUCAAUCCGCCGUCUUCAUUCUACUCUUGCCUCUGACAAACAUCUCGAUCCCAAGCUUUUCGAAAAGGUUAAUCUUUUAUAACCUAUCUCUCUGUCUCUGUUUUUCGAUUUCUCCGAUUCUUAAUUUUGUUCUCUUGUUACAGCUAGAAGAGGAUCUGCAACGAGCUAGAUGCAUGCUUGCAGAUGGAGACACUUCAUCGUUUCUUCCAUCUAAACCUCAAGGACGUUUUGUGAGAAUGUUUUUGGGACCUGUGAAUGUUAGAGCUUCACGAAAAGAUAUACAGCUUAAAGUUAAAGAAGAAUAUAAUAGCUACAGAGAUAGGACAGCUCUUCUUUUUCUUGUUUUCCCUGCAAUACUUUUGACACUAAGAUCUUAUGUUUGGGAUGGAUGUUUGCCUGCAUUCCCUGUUCAGCUCUACCAGGCUUGGCUACUGUUUCUUUAUGCUGGUUUGGUUAUGCGAGAGAACAUUUUAAGAGCUAAUGGGAGUGAUAUCCGUUCAUGGUGGCUUUAUCAUCAUUAUUUUGCAAUGGCUAUGUCCCUUGUCAGUCUCACUUGGGAAAUCAAAGGUCAACCAAACUGCGUUCAGAAGCAGAAAGGAGUGCGUCUUUUCCUCCAAUGGGCUAUGAUGCAAGGUGUCGCGAUGCUUCUGCAAAAUAGAUAUCAGCGCCAAAGAUUAUACACUCGCAUUGCACUUGGAAAGGCUAAAAGGAUGGACGUCGUAUGGGGAGAAACGGCUGGAGUAGAUGGGCAACUAUUGCUAUUAUUUCCUAUUUUGUUCACUUUACAGGGCUUUGAAGCAUACGUGGGAUUCCAGUUGCUUAGGACAGUGUUGAUGGGGGUAGUCGCUGAAUGGCAGGUAUUGGUUUGUGGCAUUCUUCUGGUUGUGAUGGCCAUUGGAAACUUCAUAAACACAGUAGAGACACUAAUGGUGAAGUCGAGAUUCAAGGCGAAGAUGAAGAGAAGUAAAAGCAGAGCAGAACUUUGAUUAAACUUCCUAACUUAUAUGACUACACCUUUAUAGUUUCCAACUGUGGAUCUUUCUCCCCAUUAUUUGCUUCAGUCGAUAAAUUUUGUUUCUUGGGGCAAAAGUAACCUAAGUCUGAAAAAAAAAAAAACAGGGAGUGCCCUUUGUUUGUGUAAAUGGAAGUUGGGAUUUGAUAGUUGAUUGAUUAAACUGUGUUUUGUAAACUUUUCAACUAACACUUGUUCGGUUUCCAAUGAUCAGAUUUUCAUAAAAUGGUGUUGAAAUUAGAUUUU